AUGUCAUUUUACUGCUCUCUUCUCACAAACAGUGGCCAGCUGUCGGCCCAGCGUGUGGCACUGCAAGUCCGGCGGUACGGGAAGGCCAGUGAGUCCGUCCCCCCCUUCAUCGAGGAGCUGGUGGUGCGCAGAGAGCUGACGAACAACUUCUGCUUCUACAACGAGAAGUACGACAGCGUGGAAGGGGCGUACGCGUGGGCUCAGAAGACGCUGCAGGAUCAUGCCGGAGACAAGAGGGAGUAUCUGUACACGCGGGAGCAGCUGGAGAAGGCCCAGACGCAUGACAAGCUGUGGAACGGUGCUCAGUAUCAAUUGGUGACGGAGGGGAAGAUGCACGGCUUCUUGAGGAUGUACUGGGCCAAGAAGAUUCUGGAGUGGACCCGCUCGCCAGAGGAGGCUCUCUCCAUCGCUCUGUACCUGAACGACCGCUACGAGCUGGACGGCCAGGACCCCAACGGCUUCGUGGGGUGCAUGUGGUCCAUCUGCGGCAUCCACGACCAGGGCUGGAAAGAGAGGCCCGUUUUCGGGAAAAUCCGCUUCAUGAACUACAAAGGCUGCCUUCGGAAGUUUAAGGUGGCCGAGUUUGAGAGGAAGUACUGUCCUAAGAAGCUGUGAGGCUCCUCCAGGACGUGUUGUCUCACCUCAGGGAGCUUCUCCACCACCUCCAGCAGUG